CGGAAGUGUCGCACUGGUUCGCGGAAGAGAGGUCGAAGUUGUUGUAGAAGAGUUUUGGAGCAGAUGAUGGGAGGACGAGGCGUCGGGAGAGAAGGGCAGAUUCAAGAGUUGAAGACGAGAGCGUGUAUCUGACUGCCUGGGUGGAAUAAGACUUCAGUUUCCAUUUAAAGGUCCCCUGCUGAACAUUGAAUGAGGUCACAGAUGGGUGAACAAAGACGAGCAGGGGACCAGUGAAAUGUCGACAUGGGAGCCGCAGGGGAUUGGUGAGUGUUUGGCCUGGAAGAUGCCUGGAGACGCCUGACUAAAUAUGUCAGCCACGGCUGUCAAUGGCUCCGAUGUUUCACUCGAUGGAGAGUCCUUCCACCCCGUGGAUACAAUACUGUUGGAUUCUGCCAGCUCUGUUAAGUUGCGCAUAAAGGAGGAAAGGUCAGAAUCUUUAGGUUCUUCGGCGCCCAACGAAAAUGAAAUCCUGGGAACAGAUGGAGAAGGCUCCUCGCACAGCACUGCUGAGGAGCCGGAGCGUAAAAGAAAGAAGGGCCCUGCACCCAAGAUGCUCGGCAAUGAAGUGUGCAGUGUGUGCGGAGACAAGGCUUCUGGCUUUCAUUACAACGUGCUGAGCUGUGAGGGCUGCAAAGGCUUCUUCAGGCGUAGUGUCAUGAAAAAUGCCAAGUAUACCUGCAAGAACAACGGCAAAUGUCAGAUGGACAUGUACAUGCGCCGCAAGUGCCAGGAAUGCAGACUUCGGAAGUGCAGAGAGGCUGGCAUGCGGGAACAGUGUGUGCUUUCUGAAGAGCAGAUCCGAAGUAAAAAGAUCAAGAAACAGCAACAAGACGAAGAUGUGGUUCGAUCCUCUGCAGUUUUAAUUCCACCCAGUCCAUUGGUGGUCACUCAGGACGUUGUACAGCUAACACCACAGCAAGAAGUAAUGAUCCAGCAACUGGUCUCCGCACAGCAACAAUGCAACAAACGCUCCUUUAGUGAUCAGCCCAAAGUAACGCCAUGGCCGCUUGCAAACGACCCCAAUAGCAGGGAAGCCCGCCAACAGCGCUUUGCUCACUUUACAGAGCUUGCCAUCAUCUCUGUGCAAGAGAUUGUGGAUUUUGCCAAACAAGUCCCAGGUUUUUUGGAGCUAUCUCGAGAAGAUCAGAUAGCGCUUCUUAAAGCAUCCACCAUUGAGAUCAUGUUGUUGGAGACGGCGAGGCGUUACAAUCAUGAGACCGAAUGUAUAACCUUCCUGAAAGACUUCACGUACAGCAAGGACGACUUCCACCGAGCAGGGUUACAGGUGGAAUUUAUAAACCCCAUCUUUGAGUUUUCACGUGGCAUGAGGCAGAUGCAGCUGGACGAUGCAGAAUAUGCCCUCCUAAUAGCGAUAAACAUCUUCUCUGCUGAUCGGCCAAAUGUGCAGAACCAUCAGCUUGUGGAAAACCUCCAGUUACCUUACGUGGAAGCUCUGCAUUCCUACACCCGCAUCAAGCGACCUCAGGAUCACCUGAUGUUUCCUCGUAUGUUAAUGAAGUUGGUCAGCCUGCGCACCCUCAGCAGCGUGCACUCAGAACAGGUUUUUGCCCUCCGUCUUCAGGAUAAAAAACUGCCACCUCUUCUGUCUGAGAUCUGGGAUGUUCACGAGUAGACGCUAAUGAACAGUGUGCACCUGAGACCCUCUGACCUCCUUAACUUGCUAAGCAAUGGACGAUACAGGCACUGCAUAUGGACUAAAUGCCAGGCCUGCAUCAAAGACCUUUCUGACAUCACCUAGGGAGAUGAUGCAAACAUUUCAGCUAACCCAUGGAAGGUUAGGUACCCUAAGUAAAGAGACUUGAGACCGGGGAGAAGUACAUACAGCUUUACAGUGACUUAUUUAUAGCUGGCCUGAUCAGUAGAAAGGGAUGCAAUCUCUUUCUUUUGGGGCUUCUACCAUGUUUGUCUCGUUUCGGGCUGGUUUUGUUUAGCUGAACCUUAGGUUGGUGACAAGGUAAGAUACAGGGCUUCUUACCCUCCCCACAGGAUGAUGACUUUUAUAAAGUAACUCCCCUGCAAGGCUAUAUGUGACAAUGACUUCAGAGCAAGUCAUGUGCUAGAUGUAAAUGUACAGAGAUCUUAUAGUUUAGUCUCGUGAAGCAGUGACUGAGCCACUGGUCUUCGCACUAAUCCUGCUGUUGUGGAAAAAAAAAGUUAGUAUUUUCUUAUACGGAGGCGACUGAAUGUUGUGCUAUGAGAUUAGCUACCCCCAGUGCUGUCAGUGUAGUGGAUCAGAUACCACUGUGUCUGGUCCUGCAAGGCUUCAUGGAUCAGAACAUCCCCGUGAUCCCCUUCAAGCAUCACCAUAAGGCCUCCUGCACACGCGUCUGCCCCGUGGCCGUGCUGCGGGCCGCAAUGCAUGAACACCGACUGUGGGGCAGCUGCAGCGGAUCGCGGACCCAUUCAUUUUAAUGGGUUCGCGAUCUGGCAGUACUUCAAAAAGAUAGGAAGUGUUCUAUCUUUUUGCAGAACGGAAGUCCAGGACAAAACCCCAUGGAAGCACUCCGUAGACCCGUUGAAGUGAAUGCGGAAUGCACAUGGAAUGGUGCCCGUGUAUUGUGGAUGCGCAAAUGCGGUCUGCAAUACGGCAACGAGACACCUACGGUCGUGUGCAGGAGGCCUAAUGCAGUAGACCAUCUUCCACAUGCUAGAAGUUACUCAAUCCUUCCUGCAUUAAAUCUUGAACUUACAUGGACUUUUCUGCCACCUCCAUUUUAGUUGGCAUUUGAUAUUGUUGAUGAUUUUCUUUUCUUGGCACUUACUGUAUUCUGCUUGGCUGGCAGGUACUAGAGGAUAUUUUGGCCUAUAAUUCCAUAAUCAAAUAUUUUUUAAUGCCCUGUAGCCUAACAGCAUAUAACUUGCUUUUGGAUACUCAUUAACUCGUUUUCCUGCCACUGCUUUUGGCUCCUGGUCCUGGACUGUGUGUCUUUCUUUUCUGUGUAAAGUGGGCAGUACUUAAAGGGGUAUUCCAGAACAAAGAAAAAUGUGGGAUGGUUGUUAAUUGGUUAAAAAAAUAAAUCUCUUCUAUUCUGAUGGUGCUCGGGUCCCCGUUGUGAUCCACUUCCUGAUUCCACUUUUUUCUAAGAUAGGAGAAGGACGUGAAGGGGACAGCAGGGGCCUGGUUACCGUCUUAAUAGCAGUGAGGAUCAGCAAAGUGUGUAUAAGCCCAUUUUUUUAACCUAUUUAUGGCCAUCUUGCUUUUUUCUGUCCUAGAAUACCCCUUUAAGCCCUGCCCACAUGACAGCUAAAUUUCCCACAAGCACCUGAUUUUCUGUACUGUACUGCGCUGCUGACAUUAGCCAGUAGAAAACAACCAGUGUAGCAACUAUAGGCAUUCAAAUAUUCAUAUUUAAAUAUUUGUUUUUUGUAGAAAACUUACUGUUGGUGGUUGAGUGCCCGUCACACUGCCAAGCGGCGCAGAAAGAGGCAAAAAACAGCUUGGGGCAUAGUGUGCAUGCCCGCCUAGUUCAGAACAAGAAGUGCGGGUAUCAGCUAUGCAUGCUUAACCUAGACUACCGGGGAUGGAAUAGGCUUGUGGGAAUAAAACUUUAACCGAAUGAAAAUAAUAUUUGUGGCUACAGCUAUGACACAAAAACUGCAGAAUUACAUAUCCCCCCCCCUCCUCCAUCAGCAGCUUCUCUGACGUUUCGACAAUCUGUGGCCUUCCUUUCAAGCACUUAGAUGGUAGGUGAGGCGGGGUAUUGGGUUAGCAGAACCCUGUUGUAAUAAAAGCCCCCCCCCCCCCCCCCCUUAUCAUUUGUAACUAACCAGAACACCCUAAAAUUGAGAUUGAAAAAUGAUUCUUGGUUGGUGCACCAAGCACUAGAUUUGUCGGGAUUGCACAGCCUGGUCAAUUGAGCGUUCCCCCAUAAGUAGCUUUUAGUUGGGUCUCCUGAUCCAUGGGCAGUUUAUUCUUGAAGUGAACUGCCAGACACGGCCAUUUGUUAUUAGCUGUAUGGUAAGCAAAGACUGUCACUUCUCCAAUGUAAAGGGUUUAUUCAGAUGCACCUUCCUUCAAGAAAUAGCCCUGUAGGUUCAAGGACUUGUAAUAGGACCGCUUUGCUCAUAUGACAGGUCUGUUAUAGAAAAUAUUUCCAUCACCCAUUAAAUAGCAAUACUGGAACAUUAUUUUUUUUUUCUUAAUUGCAUGGUUGCUUUAUGCCUCCUGGAAAUGAAUAAACUGACAACUGGAUGUUACCAUUCCCUUGGUAAAAGGGUGUGUCCUUUCACAUUCCGGCACUAUUAAAUGAGUGCUUCCAGUGUCACUGUGUAGGGACACACCCUGUUAACAAGAGGAAUGGUAACAUCCAGUUGUCAGUUUGUGCACAUAUUCCACAGCACGUUAUAAGUGAAUAUAAUAAAUUAUUCCUCCUGGAUAUGUACACAAACUGACAACUGGAUGUUACCAUUCCUCUCGUUAACAGGGUGUGUCCCUACACAGUUUCACACUGGAAGCACUCAUUCAGUAGUGCCGGACUGUGAAAGGACACACCCUUUUGGCAAGAGAAUGGUAACAUCCAGUUGUCAGUUUAUUUAUUUCUAGGAGGCAUAACCAAGGAAAGGCACCAUGCAAUAACCAAGGAAUAAUACGUACACUGCAGGAGUGGAGCCUACACGGUAUAGGGUAUAAUGGUUUUCCAGCUCUGGGGUUUUGACCCGCACUUGGUUUUGGCUAACAAUAACUGAUGCAGAACACGGACUAUGUGAAUGAGGUCUUAAGAAAAGAUGCUCUGAAUCGGUAUUUCGUGGGGAAUUCUUGAGUUUACAAGGCGAUAGUCCAUGUGGAUCGGUCAGACAUCUACACGGAUUUCACAAAGCUAUAUAGAAACCUCAAUAUACAUAUAUUUGUGGGUAUAUUUUGACACAUUUGAAGUCUUACUUUAAUAGGUUGUCCACAUCACCCCCAUCCUUUUGCUUUGAAGUUUUUGAGGCCAGCAGUCUAGCUUCCGGUUUAAUUCGCUUAGAAAUGGUUCUAAGAAAUGUUAAUUUGUAAAACUUCAUCUUCCAGGGACACAUGGUUGCUGCAGAUUGGAAAGGAAAAAAAGCCUUGAAAACUGCACUGCUGCUGCUACUGCAUUGUGUGACCAUUCACGCACACAAUAUCCGACCGACAUUUAAAAAUGAUCUGCCACCAGCGACCUCCCUAUCAAACUGUUUACCUAGACAUAGCUGGGGUUCACCUUAUUAAAACGCUGUUUUUCUCCUGUUCAUCUGAGUCUCCGUUCCUGAGUUAUGAUACAUUUUCUUAAUAGGUAUGCACUACUUUUUUGCGGUGCAGAGGCACGGACAGAAACCCUACGGAAGCUCUCCGUAGUGCUUCUGGGGGGUUCCUUGCCUCCGUUCCGCACCAACCUUUCAGAUUGCAGACCCAUUCAAGUGAAUGGGUCCGCAUCCGUGAUGCAGUGCAAGAACAGCCAGGGCCUGUAGUCGGGGCCCGGCUGGCACACGGUCGUGUGCAUGAGCCCUAACUCCGGAAUGGAGUCUCACAUUAACGAAAUAAAAACCAUGUUCUAAUCAGGUGAAGUGAAUCAUAGCUAUGUGUCUAUGCAAACAGGAGGUCGCCGGUGACGGUUCUCUUUAAAGAGAGAACUGUCCCAGAGUGCUUCCCAUUGUACAUUUUGUUUUUUUGCCAUAAGGGGAAUCCAGGUCUUGUUGGUUUUGAUGUGGUUGGCUUUUAGAAGCCAGGUUAGGACCACUAUAUCGCCCCCUACCGUUCUCUGCAGAGAGUUCUAUCUAAAAUUCAGUUCAGUAGAACCCUCUAAGGGCUCUUUCACACCUGCGUUAUUGUCUUCCAGCAUAGAGUUCCGUUGUCGGGGCUCUAUGCCGGAAGAAUCCUGAUCAGUUUUAUCCUAAUGCAUUCUGAAUGGAGUGAAAUCCG